AUGAGGUCAUCCGGAUAUCUGCAUACUGAGAGUGGGACGCAGGACCCGGCCAAUGAGCUGCUGGAAGGGGGUCCACUGGACUGGAGGGGCUCUUGGAUCUGCAUAAAAGCACUGGCUGAGAGGGAGAAAGCUCCAGAGCGGGGCUUCUCCUUGGAAGGUUCUCUCAACUUGUGUGUGACGCAGUGUGUUCAGCUCAGGAGUUUCAGCUGCUCUCAGGAUCUGUGUGUCCCGAGGGAAGUGUGGUGUGACUUCACUGACGACUGUGGAGAUUACAGCGAUGAGGAAAACUGCUCUGGAUAUAAGAGGUGUGACUUUGAAGAUGGAUUCUGUGACUUGAUGCAGAGCUCAGAGUCCAGAUGGAUCAGAACUACUGAGGCUCCUGGACUCAAACACGACCACACAAACACAUCAGCUCACUUCCUGUCCCUUUCACCUGGAAACAGAACCUCUGCAGACCUGAUCAGUCCUUUCCUCCUGCCCAGUGAAACCUGCCAGAUGACUUUCUAUUAUGUCGGAGGACAUAAUGCAGAUCUUCAGGUCUUGGUUCAAACGAUGGGUCAGAAAACAGAGGUGUGGAAACUCUCCUCAGAAACUCGGAGGGAAACGUGGCAGCGGACAAUCAUUACGUUCUCCAGGAAUCACAGUUUUCAGGGUCUCUUCUCUCCUCCUGACAGCCAAUCCUCUGAGUUUUCUGGGGCCGUCGAUGACCUGUCCUUCAGUCCAGCUUGUGUGACUGCUCCUGAAACCACUCCAUUUCCUCCUGUUUCCUGCCCGUCCUCCAUGUUCUCCUGCAGCGAUGGAGAGUGUAUCGAUGAGAGCAAAGUGUGUGACUUCACCCCUCACUGUCUCAGAGGAGAGGACGAAGAAAGCUGCCCCUCUGAUUGUGACUUUGAGGGUGGAUCUUGUGGAUGGUACGAGCUCACCCUCGGCGAUGGUUUUGAUUGGGUUAGAGGUUCUUCUGAGGAAGUUCCUCCAGGCUUCCUCCAGACUACCAUCCUGGACCACUCCACCAACAGCACUGAAGGCCAUUUCAUGUUCAUUCUGAAGAACAGCAGCAGUCUUUAUCCAACAGCAGUUCUCAGAGGACCUUGGUUCAAGCAGUCGGCCUCCGGGUGUACCAUGACCUUCUGGCACUAUAACUCUGGUUUCUCGGUGGGCGCUGCAGACAUGUACCUCCGGAUGGACGGAGAGCAGAACCAGACGGUGAUCUGGAAGACGUUCUACGACCAGGGUUCUCUGUGGAACCUCGUCUCCGUGCAGCUGGGUCGCAUCACCAAGCCUUUCCAGAUCGCCCUCAGUAAGAUCAGCCUCGGGGUGUUUGACGGCGUCUCCGCUCUGGACGACGUGACCUUCAGGAACUGCUCCAUGCCCCCUGCGGUGAAGGAGUGUCCGGCUCACACGCACUUCCACUGCGCAGAGAGCAAGGCGUGUGUGGAGCAGAUGCAGCGCUGCGACCUCACGGACGACUGUGGAGACGCUUCGGACGAGCAGGGCUGCUCUCCGGAGCUUCAGUGCAGUUUUGAGCACGGCCUCUGCAGCUGGAAGCAGGAGCAGAGCGGAGGGGACGUGUUUGAUUGGACCCUCAUCCAGGGCCCGACGCCCACCCUGAACACCGGACCCUGGAAGGACCACACGUUGGGAACCAGCGCCGGACACUACCUCUACAUCGAGUCCUCGGGCCCUCAGGAGUUCAAAGAUUCUGCGGUUCUGCUGAGCCGGGCUUUCAGACCCACCGUGCAGUGGGGGGGAAGGAAACACUGCGUCUUCCGGUUCCACUACCACAUGUUCGGGUCCCACGUGUUCUGCCUGGGUGUGUUCAUGAGGACCGCCUCUUCGGGUCGAGGUCACAUGCUGUGGGUCCGAUACGGAGAUCAGGGGAACCUCUGGCACCGGAAGACCCUGUACCUGACCAGCGCCAGGCCUUUCCAGAUCGUGAUAGAAGGAACAGUCGGGGAUGAUUUUAACGGAGACAUCGCCAUCGAUGACCUCUCCUUCCUGGACUGUGAACCACACGACGGUGAUCUCCCGGAUGUUAACACCACGACCCCCUCAGUGACGACCCCCCCACCCACUGUUCGGCCCCACGUCUGCCCUGAUGGACAGUUUGCUUGUGGGAGUUUUAGAGAGUGUGUUCCCGACAGCAAAGUGUGUGACUUCAGUCUGGAUUGUUCUGACGGAUCGGACGAGUUAUACUGUGUGAGGGAGCGUUGUGAUUUCGAGGGCGGGGACACCUGCGGCUGGCAGAGCAACGACUCCUCUCUCGUCUCCACUCAUGCUUUUCGCUGGUCACCGGUCCAAGGAGAGAGCAUCCACGAUGGAGAGCAGAGCCACAGACCCAUCAACGACCACACCACCGGGGGUCCAGAGGGAUGGUACAUGUGCGCCGACAGCUCAAACGGAGGAUACGGUCAAACCAGCGACCUCCAAACACCUGUUAUGACCUCCAACGGACCACAAUGCACUCUGGUCUUCUGGUACCACAUGAGCGGGUUCACCGUGGGAUCACUGCAGGUGCUGCUGAAGUACGGAAACUCCACUCAUGAGGUCUGGUCUCAGUCUGGAAGUCAGGGGAACAAAUGGAGACGAGGAGAAAUGUUUAUAGGCAUUGUAAACAACUUCCAG